AUGAUUGCCGGUAAGGACGUUUACCAGGUUCUUGCAGCCCUGGUUCCUCUCUAUGUUGCAAUGGUAUUAGCCUAUGGUUCAGUGAGAUGGUGGAAAAUAUUUACACCAGAACAGUGCACAGGCAUCAAUCGUUUUGUUGCAGUUUUUGCAACUCCUUUCCUCUCCUUUCAUUUUAUAUGUUCUAAUAACCCUUAUAAAAUGAAUUUACGCUUUAUUGCUGCCGAUUCUCUCCAAAAGGUGAUGAUUCUGGUGAUUCUCUUCGUAUGGCAAGCCAUUACCAGACGUGGUGAACUUGACUGGACAAUCACUCUUUUUUCUCUUUGUACUCUUCCUAACACUCUUGUCAUGGGUGUCCCUCUUCUGAAGUCCAUGUAUGGAGAAUUCACAUCACCUCUUAUGGUUCAAAUAGUGUUCUUGCAGAGUGCAAUUUGGUACACUUUGAUGUUGUUCAUGUUUGAAUAUAGAGGUGCAAAGAGACUCAUUGCCGAGAAAUUUCCUGAAACAGCUGCCUCUAUUUCAUCUUUCAAGGUUGAUUCGGAUGUUGUUUCUCUCAGUGGUAACGAACCAUUAGAGACGGAUGCUGAGAUCCGUGAUGAUGGCAAGCUUCAUGUGGUGGUGAGAAGAUCAAGUACAACAUCUGCAGUUUUUUCAUCGUACGACAGAUUCGAUGGAAUGAACUCAAUCUUUAAUGUUAUUCCACCAAAAGCUUCAAAUUUCUCCGGCGUAGAGGUUUUCUCAGUACAAUCCUCUAUAGAACCUACACCAAGAGCUUCAAGUUUUAGCCAGACAAAUUUUCCUGAGUUAACAAAUGCUACUAAUAGUUAUGGUGAUAUUUAUUCAGUACAAUCUUCAAGAAAUUCUGAGCCAUGGAUUCCUUCAAAUUUCGAGGAAGAAAUGAAAAGGAAAAAUGGUGCUGUUUUUCCAGGUUCUACAAGUGGUACAUCACCGAACAAAGAGCUUCACAUGUUUGUUUGGAGUUCAAGUGUUUCCUCUAAUCGUUCUGAUAGAUAUUUGAGACCUGAUGAAAUAGAUGGUAAAGUACCCACCAACUCUGAUUCUUUGGUUAUUGAUUCUUCAAAUGGAGCAGCUCUUCAGCGUGACAAUAUCAUUGCUGCUUCAACAGCCAAGAAACAACAGAUGCCUCCGGCAACCGUCAUGAGCAGACUCAUUAUUAUCAUGGUGUGGAGGAAGCUCGUCAGAAACCCUAACUCUUAUGCAAGUCUUUUGGGCUUGAUAUGGUCUCUCAUAUCAUUUAGGUGGAACAUCAAAAUGCCACUGAUCGUGAGUGGAUCUGUAAAUAUAUUAUCUAAUACUGGUCUGGGAAUGGCUAUGUUCAGCCUAGGUCCAGGUGUUAUUGCCGCAACAUCUCUUGCUAUUGGUCUUCGCGGUGUUCUUCUACGUGUAGCUAUCAUUCAGGGUGCACUUCCUCUAGGUAUUGUUCCUUUCAUAUUUGCCAAAGAGUACAGUCUCCAUGCGAACCUACUUAGCACUGCGUAA